UGAUAACCACAAAAAUGUGGGGCGUUGACGGCGUGUAUCUCACCUUCUUUUGUUUAUCUUUUUUUCUCAUUCAUUCAUUCCCUGCCGUGUUUUCAUUUUUUUAUUUUUGCUGUUUCAUUCGCCGUCCUGGAUCUCACACUAUCUACGUGAAACCAAGCUUCAAAAGCCAUUGUGCCGAAAAGACCUGAAUAUUUCGACCCGUGGACAAAUUUCGCGGCUCAUAAAAAAGAAAUUACUGAGGGACGAUGCAUAUGCCGUUUAUAAUCCAUCGGGGACUUCUAUAAGCCAGACAACAAAGCAUUGGAAAUAAUGAGAAUUCAAAGCACCCUAGUUUCCUUCUUUCAUUUUUUUCCCUGUUAUAUAACGACCGUCUUCAAACUUCCCAGCCCUUAUUCCAACUCGGGGAUAAUUCAGGGGGAAGUGUCGUGUGGACAGCCCUAAUUAUGCAAGUUGCGACGCCGGUGCUGCUACUGUUCCUGCUUGCUCGGGUUCCCUCGUCGGAAUGCUUGAAGUGCAGAAGCCUGAAAGGCUUGAUAAAUGUUGACUGGAACAAGUUCGACAAAACGCUUUGGGUUCAGUUGAAAGUUGACAAACCUCAUACGGUCACGCAAUGUAUCGCACGACGUUAUCGCCCCAACAAAGGCGAAGUAGACUUGAGAGCCAUCGGAGGAGUUUCUGGGCAGACGUGGAACAUCUCCAAAGUCUACAAAGGUGGAGUAAUCGACGGAGACACAAUUCGAUUUAAUCACGGUAGGGAUCCUCAUUUUUAUCAAAUACUGGACACAGACUAUAAGACGUGGGUAGUGGAACACAAGUGCUCCAACAUCCGUGGUGACGCCGUAUCGCUCAUGUAUCACAAGCCAGUUUACAAGAUUCCGAGCGAAAUAGAACGAAGGGCCUUGGAAGUAUUGGACAAGUCCGGAUUAGGCAGAACCAUCAACCUCAGCACUACUGAUUGCAUGUUAAGUGAAGGACGCAUAUCAAGUGAUGUCGAAAAGUGGAUUGAAAUCAUUGUUAAAAUGGAGCCUGUUUGAACAAGCAACGAUCAAUAAAGUAUUUUUGGUUCGAUCA